AUGAACUCUCCAACCAAUAAUAUCCUUUCCAUUCAACUCAUUCCUUCUCAGCAACGCAAACAUCUCAAACAAGGAUGGCUCGAAGCCUUUCAUUCUCAUUCACUUCUUCCUCGUAAUUCUCCACUCCAAGUGUUCAAUGAAGAUUGCAUUGAAGCGAAUCAUGGCUUUGGAAUGCAUCCUCAUCAAAAUUAUGAAAUUUUCACAUAUGUGUUGAGUGGAGAGUUGUCGCAUUAUGACUCGAUGAGAAACGCUCACCACUGUCGUUUCGGAACGGUGCAAUUUACCUCCGCCGGAAUCGGAAUGCAUCACUCCGAGAUGAAUAAGCAUUCGAGCGAGAAAUGCAAAUUGUUACAAAUUUGGGUGAAACCUCGAACUCUGAAUACUCCUCCUCGAUAUCAAAGGAUUGAAUUUUCAAAAGAGAAACGACUCAAUCAACUCCAUCUCAUGAUCGCUCCAAAGGAAUUGAUUCCAUCCGCUUCUUCAAAAGAACCACAAGGAAACAGCUAA